AUGUCGGAUUCAUUCCGCCAGUAUUAUUACGACCAGUACGAUGACCCACAGAACUGCUAUGGCCAGCAAGCUGCUGGAUAUAGUCACGGAGAUACUCCUGGCAAUUAUUCUUCAACGCAAUAUCAGCAAGGACAGCGUUCGCAGUACGCAUACAAUCAGGCUCUUCCUACCAAUAACCAUUAUGUGAAUCCAUCCCCAGGCAGCCAUCCUGCACAAGAUCAGCAAAGCUAUGCACCUUCCUACGACGCAAGGCAACCAGAUGGACAUCGGCAUGAGCAACCCACGUCCAUGAGAUGCGAGCAAAGCUCAUCUUAUCUACCACAGACUCAGCAUCGGCAAGGCCAGAAUGUGUCUUACUAUCAGACGCAGUCAGAGCCUGUCCCUACUACAGACACAUCCGAAGGUGAAAAGGGGUUUAUCUCGCAUGAAGCCGGCGUCAUCGGCAGGGGCGCUCUAAGUCACAAGCUGGGAGAUGGGAUGCUGGGUGUUGCAGGAGGUGCAUUGGCAGGCGCUGCAGGCAUGAACAUCGCAAGUAAACUACAUUCCCGAGCCACCGCCGCUGCUCCCACACCUCGCGGGCCCACUCGGGCACAGCUCGAGCGGUCUAAGAAGCUGCGGAAGAAAGAGCUGAGAGAAGAGAUAGCACGACUGAAAGAACUUGAGCGAGAAUAUCAUGAAGAUUACAUUAAUGCACUUGAAGAUGCCGGCAUCGUUGUGCCGGAGGGGGUUCUGCCCCCGACAAGGGUGCUCACCGAAGCCCAGAGGCUGAGGAAGAGAGAGCUCCGGCGCGAGCUGGAGCGUCUCAAGGCACUGGAACAGGAGUACCGGGAGGAUUACAAUGUGAAGAAGGACGAGUGGUCUACCUCCCGGAAAGAGCUAGAGGAUCAACUUUCAGCGCUGGACCAGGCAUACUUAACCCCAUUAUCGAUGCCCUCGAGGAUGCUGGUGUAG